AUGAAAAUUGGUAUGGGAUUUUUAAUAUUGUUAUUAAAUUGCGGCCUAUUGCUUUUUGGUGCGGCAGAUGAAGUGGAGGAUUUAAAUUACGCUAAAGAUUGGCGGGGCUAUGACGACUACUUGAGACUAAUGUAUAAAAUUCGUUUACCGGACUUUAUAUAUCCGGUACACUAUAUAAUCCAAUUAGACCUACAUAAUACUACGGGCGGAUAUAUUUCUACUGAAGGCCGAUGCGAAAUUCAUAUCCAAAUUAAUAUUCCAACAAACUAUUUAUAUUUACACUCGAAUACAUCAAUUCAUUCUUUAGAAUUGAAAACUUUACGUAAAGAACAAGAAGAGAAAAAUGUUCUGACGUUUCAUCCAAAACUCUCUCGAUACAAUCUUGGAUAUGAUAUGUAUAGUUAUUUUUUUAAUAAAACAAUACCACCUGAUUCUUACAGCCUAACUUUGAAAUUCAAGCACGAAGGAGAGAAUGAAGGGCUUUUCAGAACAUCAUUUAUAAAUAAUAAAGGAGAUACAACAUGGUUAGUCGCAUUAGAUUUUCUGCCAGUUGGAGCCCGACGAAUAUUUCCUUGUUGGGAUGAACCAAGAUUUCUGGCGACUUUUGAUAUUUCUAUAGAAUAUAAAAGUAAUUACACGAUUUUGUCGAAUACGCCAACUAGAAAUAAAACAAGUUCCUUACGUAAGUUUCAAGAAAGUCAUUUUGAGGUAACUCCUCGAAUCCCAACAUAUCACGUCUCAGCAAUACUGCUAUCGCAUUUCAUCACAGUGCAAGCAUCGUUUUUUGGAACGCCAUCUAUACUGCGCAUGUUACAACUGAUACUUUCAAAUGAUAUAUUUCAGAAGGGUAUAAAGACAUAUUUGAGUGAAGACCCUUCUUUAGAUGAUAUGACAACUAUUGACGCUGUCUGGACUGCUAUACAACGUGCUUAUAAUACUUCUUAUUAUACGGGAAACAGCCGUAUAGGAUUAAGCAUAAAGCAGUUAAUGAAUGCUUGGACAAUGCAAGAGCAUUAUCCUGUGGUGAAAGUUACACAAAAUAAUUCUCACGUGACAAUAUUAGUAGAAAAUAUGAAUACUAAGGAGAAAAACUGGUGGAUACCUUACACCACGGCUACGAAUGCAAAUAAACAUAUACCUGAUUUUUCUUUAUCAACUCUGCAGAGUAAUAUCCACUUUUCUUUAGUGGGAGAAGAACUAAAUCUCAAUGUUGAAAGUAACUGGGUUAUAGUUAAUGUACAACAAAUAGGAUAUUAUCGUGUCCAUUACGAUAAGACUAUAUUGGGACAAAUCUCGGAAUACUUAAACUCGGAUGAACAUCAUAUAAAUAAUAUACAUGUUCUCAAUCGUGCUCAAAUUAUCGAUGACGCAUUUUAUUUUUUUAUAAGAAAGGAAACUGAUUUGAAUGUAUUCUUGGCUCUCACGGAAUAUUUACAGCGAGAGACAGAUUUUAUAGCAUGGUAUCCUAUGUUUAAAGGUCUUGAAUACAUGUCGAUUUUUUUCCAUUGGCAAAGCAGUUCAUAUAUCAAGAGAAAUAUGCUGAGAAUAGUAAAUAAAAUUUUUGUUGAAACAAUAAGAUAUGAUUCUGAUUAUUUAUUCGAUAUCACUUUAAAAGAAGAGAUUUUAAGAUGGACAUGUAUUUUUGGUUCUUUCGAAUGCAAGAAUGAAGCUUACUCUAGAUUACAGAUACAUUUAAAAAACCAAACAAAAAUGUCUGUCACUGUAGCAUUAAUAGAUAUUAUUAAUCACGUGUAUACCAAGGAGCAAUUGAAUAAGAUUACUCCUUAUUCGCGUAAAUAUCUAACAUCAUGGUCAACUGAUGGUUCUUCAUUUAAAAAUCUACUUAGGAAUUCUGAGAUAUAUAGACUGAUGCAGAUAUGCAGAAUACCUGAAUUACCAGAUCUUACAAUUUUUGUGAAACUUGUAUAUGUUCAACAUAAAAUAGAAAUAUCUGCAAUGGAAAUUGGUAUAGGAUUCUUAAUACUGUUAUUAAAAAGUGGCCUAUUACUUUUUGGUGCGGCAGACUUACUUUACGCCAUUGAUCCGAAAUAUCAGGACUUGCGGGAAUUAGGUGAAGACCGUUUACCAGACAGUAUAUAUCCGAUACUCUAUACAAUCCAUUUAACACUAUAUGACAUGAACGAAAAUAUCUCUGUUUACGGCACAUGCAUAAUCGAUUUGAAAAUUAAAAGUCCAACGCAAAAUAUAAGUUUACACAUGGAUAAAUCACGAAUAUCGAAAUUAAAUUUUCAAGAAUUGAAACCUUGGUAUGGAGGUAGAAAUAGAUAUGUACCGUUAGAUAAGUCGUUUUCUCCAGUAGACCGUACAUAUCGCAAUAGAAAUAAUGUCUUUACCUAUAUAUUCAAAAGGGAAUUAUCACCUGGUUCUUACAGCCUAAAUUUGACAUUCAAAUAUAGAGAAGACAGUGAAGGGCUUUUCAGAACAUCAUUUAUAAAUGAUAAAGGAGAUACAACAUGGUUAGCCGCAUUAGAUUUUCUGCCAAUUGGGGCCCGACGAAUAUUUCCUUGUUUUGAUGAACCACGAUUUCAGGCGAAUUUUGAUAUUUAUAUAACAUAUAAUUCUGCAAAGUACACGAUUUUAUCGAAUACACCAGCUAUAGGUCCAAUAAGUUCUGUAUUUAAUAAAGAAACGAUACGUUUUGAGAUGACUCCUCGAAUCCCAACAUAUCAUGUCUCAGCAAUACUCCUAUCGCAUUUCACCACAGUGGGAUCAUUAUAUUUUAAAAAUAAUACUAAUCUAAACAUCAGAUAUAGACAGCAGUUAACGUUUGAUUAUACCUUUGUCGCACGUGAUGCUGUUGAACAAGUCACAUCAUACUUCAUAUCGCAAGAGCAUCUCAAGAAUAACACAAGCAUAACUCAUGUUUUAAUCCCAGGUUUCCGACACGAUGCCGUUUCAAAUUUGGGACUCAUUUAUUAUAAAGAAACAGCUGUUAUAUUUCAUGAAGAAGAAGAUCCGUUAAUGCGUAAACCAGAAAUUGCCCGUUUAAUAGGACGUUCAGUAGCAUAUCAAUGCUUUAGGAACCGUAUCAGUCCAUCUUGGUGGUCUUACAUGUGGUUAAUCGAGGGUAUUACAACAUUGCUCGCAUUGGAUGCAAUUGAUGAGAAUUUCCAAAAUUUCCGUAUAAAAGACUUGUUUGUCGUUCAGACUCUACAAGAAUCUCUUCGUUUCGAUGAUAAUUUCAUUAUGAAGCCUCUUAUAAGAGAAAUACAACUUCCUUCUGAAAUUGAAUCAAUUUUCUCUAUGUCUUAUUAUAUAAAAGCACCAUCCAUACUGCGCAUGUUACAACUGAUGCUCUCAAAUGAAAUAUUUCAGAAGGGUAUAAAGACAUAUUUGAGCGAAGACCCUUCUUUAGAUGAUAUGACAACUAUUGACGCUGUCUGGACUGCUAUACAACGUGCUUAUGAUACUUCUCCAAUCAGCCGUGUAGGAUUAAGCGUAAAGCAGUUAAUGGAUGUUUGGACAAAGCAACAGCAUUAUCCUGUGGUGAAGGUUACACAACAUAAUAUUUCUGCCGUGAAAAUAUUAAUAGAAAAUAUGAAUACUAAUGAGAAGGACUGGUCGAUACCUUUCACCGUAGUUACGAAUGCAAUUAAACAUGAUCCUGAUUUUUCUGUAUUAACUUUGUCUUUUUCUAUGCACUUUCCUUUAGUAGGAGAAGAAAUGUUUUUAAAUCAUGAUUCAAGUAAUUGGAUUAUAGUUAAUGUACAACAAAUAGGAUAUUAUCGUGUCAAUUAUGAUAAGACUACUUUGGGACAAAUCUCGGAAUACUUAAACUGGGAUCAUAUGGAUAAAAUACAUGUUCUCAACCGUGCUCAAAUUAUCGAUGACGCAUUUUAUUUUUUUAUGAGAAAGGAAAUUGAUUUGUAUCUAUUCUUGGCUCUCACGGAAUAUUUACAGCGAGAGACAGAUUUUAUAGCAUGGUAUCCUAUGUUUAAAAGUCUUGAAUACAUGUCGACUUUUUUCCAUUAUCAAAACAGUUUACAUAUCAAGAACCAUAUGCUGAGAAUAGUAAAUAAAAUUUUUGUUAAUAUAAUAAAAGAUGAUUCGGACAAUUUGUUCAAAAUUAGUUUAAAAGAAGAGAUUUCAAGAUGGGCAUGUAUUCUUGGUUCUUCCGAAUGCAAGAAGGAAGCUCACUCUAGAUUACAUAUACAUUUAAAAAACCAAACUGUUUCGCCUUGGUGGAAGGAAUGGACAUACUGUAAUGGUUUAAUGAUAGCAGAUAAUAAUACUUGGUAUUCAGCAUUACGUAACACACAUAUUAGAAAACUUGAUUUACCUGAUUAUAUGUACUUUAAAUUCAUGGCUUGCUCCGAAGAUUUCUUUAUUAUCCGUAAUUAUAUAGAGUUCAUAAAGUCAGCAGAGUUUUAUGAUGAAAGACAACAAGAUUACUUUCAAGUUUACAUUUUUCAUUCUGUCGUUGCGAGACAUGCAAAGAACGAUACCAUGCUUGAUUAUAUAUUAUUAAAUUUGGAUAGAAUAAAACCUAGGUAUUUUUAUUCGGAGAUAUAAUGUUUAAAUUCUUAA